AUGGAGAGCGGGGGACGUGGGAGGCAGCAGCUGAGAGCCAUGCUCCGUAAGAACUGGCUUCUGAAGAUCCGCCACCCCUUUGCCACCGCGGCCGAGGUCUCCAUCGCUCUCUUCUCCCCCUCGUUCCCUCCUCCCCACCGGUUCUUCCUUUGUUGUCGCUCCUCACCUUCGUCUCCAAUUAUGGGAGAAAGCCGAUUUUUUGUUUUGCCUGCGCACGCUGGUUGCUCUUUUUCACACGAUUUGCUGAGCUUCUUUAUUUGCUCUCUUGCUGUGGAGGCCUUUUGGUUGAUCAGACUGUGCUAUUCGUUUGGGUGACUCUGUUGUUCGUGAAUACUUGCAGCUGCUGCUGCCCACGUUCGUCAUGUUGCUGCUGAUAGGAGUGAGGACUCGUGUCGACACCCAAAUCCAUCCAGUGCAGGCGUAUGGAUACUCACCCACUUGCUACCAUUCUUUUUUAUGAUUCUGACCUACCAUGCAUUCGUUUCUCUUCCUCUCCUGUUAGUAUUUUCUGCCUAUUGGCUGACCAACUUUGGUGCUCAUUGGCGUUCCUCUUACAGAUACAUUCGCAGGGGCAUGUUCGUGGAAGUGGGAAAGAGCGAGGUAUCCCCAGAUUUCGAGAGUAUCCUUCAAUUAUUGGUAACUCAAGGUGAACAUCUGGCCUUCGUACCCGACUCAGAGGAGACGAGGGCUAUGGUUGAUGUGCUAUCCUUAAGGUUUCCCCUUUUGAAGGUAGUAUCCUUUUGAAUCAAUAAAAUACAUCAAAAAGUUUCGUAACGCCACCUUGAAAGUCACUGGAUGAAUUAUUUUUGUCAUCUCUCCAGCUUACCAGAUCGCUCAUCUCAUGUACAUUCUUUUGUUUUGAAUGAAAGGGUGAUUUCCUCUCACACUUCACCAGAAGAUCUGCUCUAAGCUGAGGUCAUGUUGGUGAAUGAAGAUAUGAUAACGCAAAACCAUUUAAACUUCCGGCUUGUUGUCAAAGUAGGAUGAUGAUGCCCAUGCAUAUGAUUGAAUUUGAGUUUCCAGAAGAUUGGGGAACGCAUUUUUUCUUGUUUUUUUACAUACCUCUUCAGUUGAAAAUGAACCAUCGAUACAAUGGUAACAUGAUCUGGGAAUACGCGGUAGAUUGGGUCGAGUUGUGGAGAUGUUAAGGCCUUGGGGGAGCAACUUUACACGUUUAUUGAAAUACACCUCCUCUCCUUUAUUGAAAGUUGUGUGAGAUCGGAAAUUCGUCUUUCGCUAACAUGGAUUAUGAUGCUUCUUGAACUAGUUGAUCUGUUAUUAACAGUGAGCUCUGAGUUCCUACUGGAGUGCAGUUCUUCGUUUUUUCUCAUGAAUACGUUGGUAUUUAUUGAGAGCUGAUAUUUUUCAUUUUUUUGUCGGUGACAUGGUCAACUGUAGAGACGAAAGUAUUUAAAUAUUGAUUUUGAGUGCACUAGGUUUAACUGUUGCAUUCUCUGUAAAAUUCCUAUUACUUCUACUCACGGUAUUUGGUUUCGUGUCUUUGUUAUUUCCAUAGGUUGAACUUUUGCGUGAAGUGCAAUAAUUAGAUAUCUUUUUUGUCCAUAUAGGCAUUUUUCAGAUCUUGAUAUUCUUCAGUGCCAUUGGUCUAACAUGUGAUGGACUAUGGAGAAUAACUUUAAAUUUUUGUUUGGCUCUUGCCCUUGCUGUUCUUAAUCCAUAGGUGGUUUAAUCCCUAGCAGAAAGACUUUGGCUAAGUGAAGCAGGUAGAAAAAUUACCUCACUGAUAUUACCUUACAAUCAUCUGUCUAGAAGUGACUAUCAAAAAUCUCCUUUACUGUAAUAAAUUUAAUUAUUCUUUCACCGUUUGGGAUCUGGAAUAAUUUAGUUUUUUCUUUUACCUUUAUUCAUAUUUUAUUUUAUGUUGAAAUAUAAUUUCAGGAAAAAAAUGUAAUUUUCAAAAUGACAGUGGAAAUUUUAUUUCAGCUUUAAUCUCUUUUUGACUUUAAUGUUGCACAAAUAUUUUACUGUAGAGAAGAUGUGUUACGAGCUUACAGAGUAUUCUUGAAAUAUUUCAGUUUGACAAACAUUUCCUAUAUUGAUAUGUUUAUUCUGUUACUAGGUGGUUGGACUGAUAUACAAAGAUGAACUAGAGCUUGAGACGUACAUUCGUUCUGACUCUUAUGGUGUCAUGGACCCAAUCAUGUAAGUUCUGUUUUUAUAUUAUUUUUUAUUGAUGUUACUUGUACCUUCUUGUUUUUAUCAACAAUGUUAACCCCAUGCAUCCGAAAAUGAAAAAUUAAACCUACUAGUUUUUCUACUUUUUGGGUGAGAAGUGAGAAUUUUUACUGUUAAAAUGCAAAAUCUAGGUGCCGCCAGAAAUCGAAUUUUAGCGGCACUGCUACAAUUCCCACAGUAAUUUCCUCUCUUCUUUUUCCCCUUAGUUCCCUUAUUACAUCUUGAGGGAUGCAAUGGUCAUUGUGUAUUUGGGGGGCUGUGGAUUAGGAAUAGAGAGGGAUGAGAUGUAUGCAAUGUUUUCAAAAUUACGAUUGACUAGGUUUACAGAAUUUUAGGAUAAACUUACGACAUAUAGAUGAUGUCAACAGAGCAGGUUAGAUCUGAAGCCUAUGCUGCUGUCAAAGGGUUGGAUGCCUGAGGUGGGUAAGUUUAUUUGGAACUUGACUCGACCUGACACACCUAGCUGCGAGAUUUAAUGCGCAAUUUUAAUUCUGAGAUUUUCUGAUCAUGCUGGGAAUGAAAGGUUUGGGUACCCUGGGGCGUUGACGACGGUUACCUCUCACAAAUGUGAUUCAGAAAAGCAGCAUUGACAAUUUUGAAGACCUGAUGGAGGCUGUUGUAGGUCAGGGAUCACACUGUGGAAGGGAAGAAUGGCACUGAUAAUCGUUUGGUACAUGUGUACUGUAUUUUGUUAACCGAAAAUUCAUGUGGUUCCCAAUCCAAUGAAUGGAUGAUAUGUCUAGAAAAACUACUCACGUGGUGGCUGCAACUUCUUCAUUCCAAUGACGGGAUCUGCAAUGAGCAGCUUUUCGUGUGAAAUGUCAUUCACGCCUUGCUUGCUGGGUGGUCUUUCACUUGGAUGCAAGCAUUAUUUGGAGUAUCCUAAAGUAGGAUGUCACGACCAUGGUUAAAGAUUUGGAAGGGAAGCUGCUAUCUGUGGAAUAUUCUGGCUUCGUCUUUCUUGUCCUACAUGUGUACUUUAUGGAGUUGAUGCACUAAGAUUUCAUGCCUGGAACCUUUUACUGAUUGUCAUCAGACUUAUUAAUAUCUUUUCCUGUGACUUCUUAUGCUUUAUACAUCUUUUUGUUCAUGCUGUACCUUGAUGCAGUUACUAUUUCUACAUCUCCAUGGUUGGAUUUCAUCUGUUGGUUUUUCCCAGAAUCUGGUGUCAUCUUACUCUCUGUAACCCGUGCAAUUUAACAUUACUUUUCCUUCCAGGAACCUUUCAAAACCAAAAUUAAAAGGGGCAAUUGUAUUUCACGAGCAAGGCCCUCAUUCAUUUGACUACAGUAUACGGCUUAACCAUACAUGGGCCUUUUCUGGCUUUCCGGACGUCAAGACAAUCAUGGAUGUGAAUGGACCUUAUUUGAAUGACUUGGACCUGGGCGUUAGCACUGUGCCAACUCUCCAAUACAGCAUGAGUGGCUUUUUCACUGUAUGAGCUCUUAUUUCUUUUAGUAUCUGUUUUUGCUAGUGUUCUGUAGGAUAUUCUCUUUUGGUUAUUCCCAAGAGACUGAUUUUAAAUGCAUCUAUCCCUUUAACAGAAGUUGAUGACUGAUUUAUACAGUUCAUUACAUGUGAUGGUAAUUUAUCGUCAUGAUCCUGUUAAUAUAAUCAGCUUGGGUAUUAAAUCUGGAAAUGUCCUUUUUAUUUUUCUGCAAGAUCCUGUUUCCUCUUAUUGUGAAAGAUUCCCGUGAAUUUUGUUUGCCAAUCACUGUAGAUGUUAUGUGAUGCUCAAGAGGCGUUAAUCUAUGUCUCUCGAAAUUUGAAUUUCGUGAACAAUGGUUGACUGUAAACUAUACAUUAGUUCUUUUUGAUGAGGGUGCUAAAGUAAUCUCCAUGCGGCUGUCAUUUGGUUAUGGGGAUUUCAGACGAUGUUAUGAUUUAAGUGUUUAUCACUCUUCAAACAGUUACCCACCUUUGUAGUAUUCUGGUUUCUUUUUGUGAAAAUUGAAAAUAGUUCGAUGAUGAAUUCCUCUCGUGUUUCAUCUCUCUUCUGAUAAUAUAUUUUUUUCUUUGUUGACUUGUUGCAGUUGCAGCAGCUUGUGGAUUCAUUUAUUAUUCUUGCUUCACAGAACAGUGAUGAAACUCUUAUUGAGCACAGAGGACACUUGCUUAAUAAAUCUGCAACCCAAAACCACAAAGGCAAUCCCUGGUCAAAAUUUAGUCCUGCAAAUAUUAGAGUAGCACCAUUCCCUACUCGUGCAUAUACGGAUGACGAGUUCCAAUCAAUUAUAAAGAAUGUCAUGGCCAUCUUGUAUGUAUUCUUUUGAAGCUCUUCCCUCACUUAUUUGCCUCUACUCUUGUAGAUAUGCAUCAAGUUCUAUUUACCUGCACAGUUCUAAUGAUAUUUUUUUUCAUGUCAUAGGUAAUGUUAGCUUUUAAUGUUUGAUAACAUUGUGAUCGUUCUUUCGCUGGGUACUCUCCAGCAAUGGAGAUCUCAAAUCUACUCUUCUUACCUUCGCUGAUGUUCUGGAUUAAAAAAAUAAUUCUUAUGUUUUACAUUAUGCUACCAUUUUAUUUUCAGUGCUAUUGUGAGGGCUAUUUGGUAUGGCUUCAAUUUCUGGUUUUUGAUGAUUGGACGUAUUUUAAGAGUUUAUUUUAUUAUCUGUUACAUCCAUCUGACUGUUUUUUUCUUAUGAUUAGAUACCUAUUGGGUUUUCUUUAUCCAAUAUCUCGUCUACUGAGCUAUUAUGUUUUUGAGAAGGUUUGGGAUCCUAUUCAAGACUCUGUUCACUUCUACUUUGUGGUUUUCUAUAAUUUCUCCUACCUUUCAAUGGUUAAUGAAUAUCUUGUCACUUUUAUGUAAUUUUAAUUUUAAUCAUAUUUUCUUGAUGUAGGAAAACAAGAUUAAGGAAGGCCUCUACAUGAUGGGACUUAAGGAUGAGAUCUUUUACCUUUCUUGGCUUAUCACAUAUGCCCUACAAGUCAGUCCUUCGGAUGCACCUGCUAUGUUCGUUAUUGUCUUUUAGAUGCCCUUAUUGCUUUAGUGUCACAUUUUUAUCACUCGAAAGAUCUUCUGAAUAACAUAAGUUACUUUGUAAAAGCUACACAUAACCUUUUAUUACCCUCCAAAGACAUCUCUCACACUCUCUCUCUCGUUCUCUCCAUGUUUCUCACUUAUAUAGCAGUGCCAGUCUUCGUGAAAUUUCUCUUUCAAAAUGGAUGAGAGGCCUUGGAAACUUUUGGUGAAGAAUAAAGAUUUAUCACUUUAACAAAAAAUGGAAGAUUUGGCGAGAAUAGGUAGUUUGGAGGAUGCGUUUCGUCGUUGGGUUCUGAUACGACUCCACACAGAACUGAUGGAGGAUGCCAGAGAAGAUCGAGUUUGAGAGUCAAGAGAACAAACAAGAAGGGAAAUAACAAGACGGUCCCACAGGAAUCUGAUAAGAUCUAAAACCAGGGAGUGACGAACUGGUCGUAUUUGAUGAAAACAGUCUUCUGAACAGAAACAAAUAAAAGAGAUAAAAACUAUAGAAGAACCAGUAACAGAUUGGAGAGUUGCAUACAGCCGUCGAUCCAGAACCAUAAACCCUCUCAUUAAUUCACGAGCACAAUCCAGCCGAAAUUCCCCCUUUCAUGCCUUCCUCCCUUGCUCUUAUAUCCUGCUCCUUGCUAUAACUUCCUCCGCCUUAUUUAGGCAGUUAUUCUCUUAAGUAAUUACUCCUUGCAAUAACUGCUCCUUCCCUCCAUCCUUAAGUAAUUGUUCCUUCCCAUAACUGCUCCUUGUUAUAACUACUCCUUGUUAUAACUGACUGUUACUCUCUUAUUGGGCUUUGGGCCUUCUUCCUUCUAAAAUAUGUGCGUGUAGGCUUAUCAUAAUCCCACGUCACUCUGGAGGCUCUUGAGAGGCCUUCCGCUCUCCAAGUGACUAUCUUUCGUAUUUCCCAAUUCCCCUUUGCACCUGUGGUUAUGGCCUUAAUACUCACCUUAAAGGCCUCAGUUUACAAACUCGCCCCUCCCUCUUUACGCAGGUUGACCAUUUUGAGAUGGUCUUUUCCUCCUAAAAUAAGUUACUGCUGAGGUCGCACCAGGUUCUGCCAUUCUUACUGGUUAUGGCAAGUGCUGGUUAUAGCUGCCAACCAAAAUUGCAUUCAACUAUGCAAUCAUUAGUCUUUUUUUUUGUUUCUCUGUUGUCUUGAACCAUGAAGGACGUCCAAGUGACAGGGGUCCAACGUUUUGAUAGACUGUUGUAUGCGUCUGUAUGCUAUUGUUGGAGGAAGGUUGCGUGAAGGAUGGAAGGUUGACAUCUUAGACUCGUUCGCUUGUUGGACAUUUCACACUGUAUGCCUUGAUAAUACGUAGUGGAAUUGGCAGGCGAGAAUGAUGGAUUACUUUAGAUGUCAGAUUUGAUUCUCGUAGCAUGACCUCAUUCUACAUAAAAAUUUGCAUACUUCUAGGCAUCCAAGACCUAUAGGAUUAUGUCAACACCAUGAGUUGGCCUGAAAUUGUGCAUUACACUCCUUUAGUUAAAAAGCAUCUGCACAGAGGACUUCUUUGGGCCAUUCAGGGUGCUUGGCAGGCACUAUUUCCCUUUGUCGUCUUGCCUCAGCUAUCAAAACCUAGAUGUACAGUCUGGCAGCUCUAAACACUGCAUCUCUCCAUCUUUAUUUUUAAUUGUCUGCCUACUGCUCGUGCUGCUUCAAGGGCCUUGCAUGACUGACUCCCCUGUUCGCGUGCCCUGUCUGGACUUUCUAGCUUGAUUAGGCAAUCCAAUAAAGUUUAUAGGGGCACUGUUUUCCAAAAUUCAUCCAGUAGCUUAUUCCAGAGGAUUUUUGAAAAGGAUGCAUUUAUCACCUGCUUAUGUUAUUCAAUUAAAGGUAAUUGUCGGUGACUUGUGCAAAACCUUUAUUCUCAUUAAAAUAAUUCUGUAAGACCUAUAUACUGCUGGCUACCAUUCUUCAGAAUUUUUUUCUUUUUUUUUCAUGUGAUUACUUAUGUCUCAUUUGUGUAAUGUCUUGUAAAUUAUCCUUGGAUGCUUUUAUUGAAUUUCGAUUUGUGCAAAUAUUUUGAGGCUACUAAUUUUUCUUAUUGGUUUUUCUUUUGACAGUUUGCAGCUUCUUCUGCCAUAAUUACAGUCUGCACAAUGGCCAACCUUUUUAAAUACAGUGAUAAAUCAUUGGUUUUCGUCUACUUCUUUUUGUUUGGUCUAAGUGCGGUGAUGUUAUCCUUCUUGAUUUCAACAUUCUUCUCCCGGGCAAAAACAGCCGUGGCUGUGGGCAGUCUAACUUUCCUUGGAGCAUUUUUCCCCUAUUAUACCGUUAAUGAUUCUUCUGUCUCAAUGUCAGUGUCAGCUCUUAGCACCAUUUUUUAUUGAUUCUUAUUUGAAUUUUUUUUUCAUAUAAAAUGAAUUCGUGUCUUCUGCCCUUAAAGGAUAUUGAAGAUCUUGUGCUCCCUGCUUUCUCCCACUGCUUUUGCGCUUGGAACAGUAAACUUUGCCGAUUAUGAACGUGCACAUGUUGGACUUCGUUGGACCAACAUGUGGCAGGUUAGUGUUAAACUUAUGUAUUUAAUAUGUUUUUAGACAUUGGAUCAUGACUUUGUUUUUGUACUUUUGUAUUUGCAUGGUUGCAGGAGUCAUCUGGAGUCAACUUUUUAGUCUGCCUCCUGAUGAUGAUGCUGGAUACUGUUCUGUAUGGUGUACUUGGACUUUAUUUUGAUAAGGUAAUAUUCCAUGCCUGGAUCAUUAUCUAUUGUUGUAUGGCAACGUUAAUAUUUAGGAUGUGGAUUUCUUGCUGAAAAGUUACUUUGAGAGUCACUUCUACUAAAUGACAGCAUUUUCAAUGCACCAUAAGUUGCAUGAAAUUUAUUACAUGUUAGUAAGUUACUGUUUUUGUCUUGUAAAUUUUUCAUAUUCCUUUGUCAAAUGAAUUCAAUUACGACCUCCUCUUAGUUUUCGCCAUCUUACAAUGACAAACAAGAACUCAAUAUAUGAUAAUAAGACUAGUAUAUUUAGUUCAUGACCAAUCAAGUUCCAUUAUUCCAUCCUAUUCCCAAGAUUUGCAUUUUUUUUCGAUGUGUUAUUUUUUCGUACUUGUUUGCUAUUAAGCCGUUGCAUUCUUAAACUAGGUUCUUCCAAGAGAUAAUGGCGUUCGCUAUCCCUGGAACUUCUUGUUUACUAAAUUGUUUUCGAGAUGGAGGAAUUGUGGUGAUGGGGGAUUUGAGCAAGUCGAAGAGGGAGCAUUGAACGUGAAGAAUCAAGCAUCAGUGACAUGUGGAGAAAAACCAGCUAUUGAAGCCAUAAGCUUGGAUAUGAAACAACAAGAACUUGAUGGCCGGUAAUUCACUGUACUUGUAUCUGGGGUAACAUUAAUUUUUACUGAUUAUUUUUUAUUGUUCCCCUGUAGGUGCAUACAGGUUAAGAAUCUUCAUAAAGUCUUUGUGACCAGUAAAGGGAAAUGUUGUGCAGUGAAAUCUCUACAGCUUACCCUCUUUGAAAAUCAAAUUCUUGCCCUUCUUGGUGCGAUUGAUCUCCUUAAUCUUUUUUGGUUGUCCUCGAGCUUAAUGUCAGUAUAUUUAUAUACAUUGUUUUGUAAAAGUUUGAUGAUGUGUAUGCAUAGGAAUCCGUUAAUUGAUUAACUAUCUUCACUAACUUCAUCAGUUUGAGAGAUAAUGAAAUAGAUAGUUAGGUUCAGAUGGGUACCCUUUGCAUAAAAGUACGAUUAGGUCUGCACUGUAUGCCAGGUGAAACAGUUUUGUCAGGUAGGCUAGAUAUUAAUACCUGAAACCACUAUAUUGAACAAAAAAUUUGGUGUAAUUUGUAAUGGAUGAAGCUGAAUGAAUUUCGCCAACGUGAAAAAAAGACUUAUAGAAUACAAGAUGUAUAGAGGAGUGAGUAUAAACAGUUUAAAGAGACCAAUGCUAGCUGAAAUGGAUUUCACAAAAGUUGGGUUGCUGUGGAAUGAGAUAGUGAGAGAAACAAUGUUCAGAAAAAUCGCUCUUGGGCCUCUUUAAUCCAGGAUUGUUCUAAUUGGGAAAUGCUUUCAAGGAUUAAAUAUUUAAUGAUCAAGCUGGAUAGGGGUUGAUAAAUUUGUUUGCGUGAUGUAAUGUUUUUGUCAGAAAACAAGAAGGGGAUAAUGAGCAGUGGAGCAGAUGAUCUUAUUUUCAUGAUUGCUAUGAAGAAGCGUAAAAUCUCAGAGAGGAGAAGGUUCAAUUUUGUGGACACAUUGAUACCAAUUAUCAAUAAAUUAAUAUCUAGGUUUAUGGAAUGGCACAGCUAGAAACAUUUCUUGUAAUCUCAGACUUUAAAAUUAAAAUGAAAGGAUUUUAAUUCCUAUUUUUCUUACAAAAACAACUGGAAUCCUGCUGAAAUCAUUUUUCAGCACCUUCCAAAAAUAUUUUUUGUGAAUUCAAUUUCUAAAUCAAGGUGACAGUUUCCAAGGAAAGUAAAAUAAGAUAUUUUAAUUGCAGACCCCCCCAAAGUCACUGGGUUUUAGAUGGAUAACGGUUGUACUCAACAUAAGAUCUGAUGCUCAAUGCCAAAUUUUAUUUUUCAUAGUUUAUUGUUCCUAUUUGAAAGACAGAUUUUAGAAAGCGUUAGCUGGCUUUGUACAUAACUGAUGCCCAAUAAUUUUUCGUUUCGUUUUGACUUCUGGCUUUAUGCGGUUAAAUGGUGUGCUGACACCGUUCUGCAUGAUAUUUGUGGACUGGAGGGUUGAGAGUGAACAUUGGAAUCCUAAUCGUGCAUGUCAUUCUUUUAUAUCAUUGUUACUUUUUCUAAGUUUUCUACUUACACUUGACACCUUGCAGUUUUUCUUCCGUUCUUUUGGGCAGAUGCUAAUUCCAUCACCUAUUCUUUAAUAUAAGAUCUGGGAUACUGAUGCUACAUGCCUCCAUAGUGCCCAGCAAAAAAAAAGACAGUUUAACAGAAAAAUCAAUAUUGUUACUGAAAGCAGAAGGUUGAGGAAGUUUGUUAAUAAAGUUCCCUGUGAACGGUGGGAUGAUGGAAAGUGUGGGCUAAUCUUCUUUAUUUGGGUUAGCAGAAUCAGAAAAAUCCAGGGUCCAAUUAUCACAUUAGCUGCAGUUGCUGUCAACAUGAGGAAGUGAAGAACAAAAUAUGAUGCUGGCUAAGGAGGGAUGUAUACUGCUAAGAAGAUAGACGAACAUAAAGUAGAGGAGGCAUUAGACUAGAUGAAAAUUUGGUGUGUGAUGCUAGGCAUAAAGAAAAGGAGACGGAGACAAUAUUUGAGUUGUAGGACAGACGUCUAUGAAACAGAGGGAAAGUUGAUAAUAGGAAACAGACGUAGCUAGAGCUGAAGUGGCAAGUCAAUACCUUGUAAAAUAAUGAAGAAAGGGGAAAAGUGAAAUUGUUCCAUCUUCUGGAUUCCCUCUAUUGCUUAAAAUAUUUUGUAUCAUUCUGGAAUUCGCUGAUUUUUUCUCCUUCCUUCGUCCAUACUAUUUAGUGUUAUUUCUCCUUAUCUGUCAUUAAAUUUGUAAAUGUAUCUUGCUGCCACGACACAACCUGAAUAACUGGUUACUGAAUUUCAGGACAUAAUGGAGCCGGUAAAAGCACAACUAUUUCUAUGCUUGUUGGCCUUCUGCCUCCUACAUCUGGGGAUGCCUUAGUUUUUGGCAGAAGUAUUAGAAACGAGAUGGUUCGCUCUGCUGUUUUUCUUUAAUAUAUACUCAAUUUUCUAUAUGUUGAUUAUUUGAUUGUUUAAGUUUGCAUUUUUUUUCGGUAGUAGAAUAUCACUUUUCCUAUUUUCUGAAUGGAUGUUGCCUAUUACAUGGAGUGUAAUUUUUCUUUCAUUGAAACGGUUUGAGCCGUAUAUUUUUCUCAUUAAAUGGCUGUUUCAGCCAAAAAUUAUCGUCUACCAACUUAAUCAAGAUCCUCGCUGGCCAUCUUCAGCAUUAUCAACGACCACCUAUUCAUAAUUUUGCAUCUCUUUCUGUUUGGAUGCCAAAGGGUGAAUGACCCCGAACGAAAAAUGUGGAGAUAGAGGUAGCCAUGAGGAAUGAAUGCAGAAUGAAGAGACUGGUGAACUGCCAUAAUGAUUCCUAUUUUUCAUUGAAGAGACUGGGCAGGAUUUCACUGGCAACGGUCAUUUGAUUUCACUCAAAUUUGCACUUUUAGGUCAAUUUUUCCUUCCUCAAUUUCUUGGAUGUUUUCCAAACUAAUCUUCUUGUACACGUCUUGCAUUCCUAAGAUACUAGUGGAACUCCUACAGGCUCUCCCUUAGGCAGUAUAAAAAUAACUAAAUUCAGAUUGUGGGAAGAGAUGAUUGGGGCUUUUAUAUGGCCUCUAAUUGAGACGAAGACUGUUUUUCCUUUUGGAGGUUUAAGAGAACUGGUUCUGGCGGUGUAAAUCUUGGUAGAGGCAGCAAUACAUCACACUUACGAGUACCUUCUUCUCACCAGUCCUUCCCUUGGACUGUAAGAACCCAGCUAGAACUAUAACAGAACAAGUGUGAACAAUGAAUGCUUGUUAAAAUUUAAAUAGGCGAAUUUGGGAUCAAUGUUUAAAGAUUAUGAUGUUGAAAAUUUAGAAAGUAUUUUAAGAAACAAAGUUGAGAUCAUUUAAGAAUCGGAAGAGACUACCAAAUUUUUGCCAGUCUUGUCGCAAACAUGAGUCGUUCUGGAAUCAAAUUGUGGUUGUCUGGAGCUUGAAUGGAAACUUCUUUUUAUAACUUGUCCAAUGAAGUUAUUCAAAACUUUGUGAGGUUGAAUUCUCUUUGGAGAUUCAAGCUUUCAUUUUUUUUAUAUAAACUAGAAUAACGUUCACAAAUUUUUCUGUUACCUGAUGAUCCUGAUGAUUAUAAUGCUGACUGUGUUAUAAUAGUGUCCAUAAAGUGGCAUGGUUCUCAGGGUUGAAGCACAAAAAUUCCAGAAUGCGUGAGACAGACUAUUUUAGAGUUGUUCAUUUUUUUAUUUGCUCCUGUAUUCCUUUCUUACUUUUUCUCUACAUUUUCUUGACCAAUAAUGAAUCUGAUGUAGUUAGUACCAAUUAUGUCCUUCUCUAGAAAAGUGAAAAAAGAUCAAAAGAGUCUUCUCUGGAAUUGAUGUUUAAUGUUUAGAAAAGACAGUAGAAAGUGACAAAGUCAUUGAAAUAUGUCCCCUGAUGAAUGUUUUCAUUUCAAUAAAAUUUCUAAUUUAUAAAUUAGUGAAAAGAAUAUUAUCUAAGCUGUAAUCAAUAUAUUUAUUCACCUCGUCAAUUUUAUCUGAGACCCCUUUCGCUUCUUAUGCCGUGUUAUUUUUAUUUUUGUAGGAUGAGAUACGGAAAUGUCUUGGUGUCUGCCCUCAAAAUGAUAUUCUUUUUCCAGAAUUAACGGUAGGAUUGGAAUUUUUAUUUGAUAAUUAUUGCCAUUAUUUAUCCCUUAUGCAGAAAAUAUGGCAUAUAAGGGCGAUUGUCCUUUGUUGUAAUGACUUUCAUCAAGAUUAAUUCAUUUUAGCUGCUGUUCAUGAGCAUUUUGCUUUAUCACUUCAUGUUAACAUCUGGAUUUUUCUUUUUUUCUUUUCAUUUAGAAACGAAGAACAGAAAUUUGAACUAUUUUCUUUGCUUGCUAAAUUCAUAGGAUGCUUGAUAUGCAGAAAAAUAUUUUUUCUCUUGUAUCUCUCAUACGUUAUAUUUUUUCUUUGAGAAUAUAAAUGUAUUUGUCUUGUUGCUAUAUAUCUACGUGACAACUGCAAACAAGUGAUAUCAUGCUAAUUAUCGACUAAAGUUUAUGUUUCCUCAAUACAGGUCAAGGAACAUUUAGAGAUUUUUGGAACAUUAAAGGGUGUUGAUCCGAACUUCUUAGCAAUUAAGGUCAUGGAAAUGGUUGACGAAGUGAGUUUCUGCAUCAUCUUUGAAACCUAUUCACUCAAAGGCUUAACAUAAUUUUUCGUGUACUACAUAGAACUUUGUGUCAUUUGGUUUUAGAUUUUUUUUUUCAGAAUCUUCAUUUCAUCAUUCAGAUCUUCUUAAAAGAAGUUUUUUGUUUCAACCUCUGAAAACAUCUUGGAUUUGAAAAAGAGCUAGUUUACUGUUGGCUUUAGAUAUAAACCAGUAGAAAUCUGAUGUUUUAUAAAAGAAACCAUGGAGUCAAACCCCAUUGAAAAGAACUAUUUUUCAGAAGGUAUUAGCAUUUGUUAUGCCUUAGUUAUGCUAUUCGAAAAAUAUUAAAAUACCUCUUAGGGACGAAAAUACCCAUUUGCUAUUUAGCCUUAAAAGAGGGGUUAGAGUGGACUUUGCCUCUCCAAAUGGGGUUCAUCACCAUGGCUUAAAUCUUAGAUGACCAGCCUUCAAAACGGGAUCCGUGCAACCGUCUUUUUCUGGAAGGUCUAAGACAAGAUUUGACCAGCGUUCUGAGGCGCUUCGAAUGGCCCUGACCUGGCAUCGAAGUGUGGGCCAUGGCCGCAGUCAGCACUACCAGCCUUUCCAAGGGAUGCGUGAGACCUGACCCCCUAAAAUGUUUUGGAUCAGGCGUGACAAGAUUCCUAAGUAUUAAUUCUUGUUGAUAAUAUUGUCUUUUCUUGGCAAAAUGGCAUUUUUGUGUCGUCGCAAAACCCUUGACUGCCUUUAAACCGUGGUCAGUUAGGAACAAAGCAGCGAGUUAUAGUGUAAGGUUUUAUUUCUGGUGACAGCAGGUUUCAAGGGCUUAUUUCUAAAUCCAUAAAAGCUGUAUUUUUUUCUAAUUCAAGGUGUUACGAGGGAUUUGAAACUAAAUUUUCUCAUUAAUUUCUGUUGCAUAUUUUUUUGGUGGGAAACUUCUCGGAUCGUUUUACACUUCUGCUGGUUGUUCAUAGUCUGAAUCAUGCUCAGAAAUAAAAAGGGAGCACAAUAAUUUCUGAUUUAUGUUCUUGAAGCAGCUAUGGAUUAGGUCGAUAAGACUGAAUUCUUGGCAAUUUUGAUUGUGGGGCAUGGUCCCCACAGUUGAGGUUGGUGGUGCAAGUUAUUUCAUCGCGAAGUAUUAGCACUUCUUGUGAAGUGCUACACAAGAAGCGAAGAGAGUGUCUACAUCAAGUAUAAUUUGCAUACAACUUUAAAAUUUUAACUUUAAACUACCAAUGGCGGGUUCAGUCGAGCUUUAAUUAUAUAUGUUGUGAACAGUGGCACAAACAAGAAAACUACCCAACAACUACAAAACCAACAAAAUAGGAAGCACACAAACAACUAGGAAACGGUUGAAAAAUUACAUUUUUAACAUCAAAUUAUUGCAAUUUACAGUCAUUACUAACUGCGAAUGACAAAAUGUUGACAAUAUUCAUUUUCACAGCUGUAAAUGUAUAGACCCAUUUACACAUCAUGUAUCUCUUUCCUACUGACAGCCUUACUAAAUUUCAAGUUAUGUUCUUCUCUAGGGACUCCAUCUCCUCGUUCUUAGUUUUUUAUAUUCAUUGUUAAUGAAAGUCACAGAUGAGGCGGUAGGGAUAGGAAUGAUGUUUAAACUAACAAGAAAGGCUCUAUGAGAUGCUGAAAACGUUUAAAAGGUGCCUAUAAGAGGAUAAAGGGUUCUUUGUCCAUUCUCCAGUGCCUCUCCUAUGCAAUGGGAAGAUCUUGGUUAUUCUUACUCAUGAGAUUCAGUUUCAGCUUGCUAAGGAGGAUUAGAAAUUAGUACAUCAUUCUCAGGAUCAAGGUUUGAUUAUUGGACCUGUGCAGAUUUAGGAACAACCGUCUUCUUCCUUGUAAACAUUUUUCCUUAACCAAAUCUCACAUUUGCCAGGGCAGAGUUGGAAUUUUCUAAAGUUUCAAAUUCAGGAUUUGACAUGGAGUCAGAUAUGGAUUCUGAAUCUAGUAUGAACUGAAAUACGGAUUUAUGGAGGAAUGGUGGAAAUAGGAUGUAAUGACAUAUCAAGUAAGAAAUUCCCAUCCUUAUCUUCAGUGAUUGAACUCUCCCCCUGAAGAUAAAGUGUGGUGAAGUAAGAUUAUUGUUCAUUAAAGUAACAUUUAUUGAGACAAUUUCUUGGAUGGAGGGUGAUAACACUUAUACCCUUUAUGAGUUGCAAAAUAGCUCACAAAGAGACAUUUUAACACUCUGGGAUCUAAAUUCUCGCUAUGUUAACCAUGAACUUGAAAAAAUGAUACACACCCAAUUAUCCUAAGGACAAGAUUGUUUAUGAUUUGUAGGUAGGGAUAGAAUAACGACAAUAUUUCUCUUGGGCUCAUGGAUCCUCAUACUCUACAAGACUAAUGUUUUAUGAGAUGAGUAGUUGUCAUAACUGCUUUUCCCCAGAAGGAUUGAGGCACAUUGUUUUGGAAAAGAAAGGCAUAGGUUACCUCUAGCAGCUGACCACUUUUCCUCUAUGCUACUCCAUUUUGAUGUGGAGUACUGACACACGAUGUCUCAUGUACCAUCCCUUCUGUUUGAAAGUAUGGAAUUUGGAUUUGAUUGCAAUAUUCCCUUGCAUUAUGUGACUUAAAUUUUUUGACAUUGAGCCCGAAAAGAUUCUUGAUUAUGGAGCAAGAAAUUAGAGAACAGUACUGACAUCAGUGGAUCCAAGUAACUUGAGUACAAUCAUCAAUCAAUGGACUUAAUUGCAUCUCUAGCUUUAGAAUAUGUUUGUUGAAUUGCAUCCCAUAUAUCCUUCGGUGUAGCCAUGAACGUACAUGUGUCACUGAUCUCAGGAAUCACAGAAUUCCAUAACCAUGUCAUAAUCAUAGAAUCUUCUUCAUCCCAUUCCUCAAACCAAGGAUCAUUGGCCCUGUACUUGUGAGAUGGCUGAUCUUCCCUUUCCCUUUCAGCACAGUAUAAACAAAUUGGAGCAAUUUAAAGAAAGUUUUUCCAUGAAGUCUAUAUGAAGCUUAAAUGCCCGACAAUUCUCCAAGAUUUUUGAAACCUUACAAACCACUCAGAUUCUUUUGUAGAGGUUAUCUCUACAAUUUUUGACAUCUGUAGAAAAACUGACUGCUACUUGGAGUGAAAGGAUUGUUGGUGUCGUUAAAAAAAGGGACUUGAUGUCGGCAAUCAAGGCUGAAGUAUCGACAAUGAAGUUCGAUGAUCAAAUAAAAAGUUUUGCAAACAAGAGUUGGGAAUAUCAGUGUAGUCUGAUUGCUGACAAUGCAAUAGAUGACAACUCUAGGCUGCUCUCAGACAUCCAACACGAAAGAGGGAAAGAAAAAGGUACAAAACCCUCGGCGCUCAAGUGCCUGAACCCUAGGCAUUCCUGUCUUUGAUUCUGUCGUUGGUUCUUCCCCCUCUAGUCGAGCGCCCAGAACAACGAGAUCAUCCUGGUUGUCAUGAACCAAACAAGCCUUGACUAAAACCUAGACUAUGGGAGAAGGAAGGAAGCGAAGCCUAUAAGCUCUUGUAACAUGUUAUCAGUGAUGCAAACCAUAGGAGAAUGUGCAGAGGAAAAAACUCAACUCGUAUUCACAUCAUAGAUGACUGUUAUAUACAAGUACCCAGGGCCUUGAAACAAUAAACCUACCUAACAAAUAGGAAACGAACCAAAAACUUCAACUGAGAACCGAACUCCUAGUUAUCCGUUCUUUUGCACAGUAUAUUGAGGGAAGUAUUGUGCUAAACGGCAUAUUGAUAUUAACUGUACAUUUUUUUUGACUCAUUUUUUUUCACAUUCCUUGUUGAAUUAGUUGUUGUUUGUAUCUGACUUCUUCACACCUUUCAAUUCACUUUGUUGUGUUUCACUUGUUUUAAUCAGGUAAAGUCUAGGAUCAACAUCUCAACUGAAGUGAAUUUUUCAUUCUCGAUAUGUUAAGACAUUAAGUGCCUCAGGAAUUUUCUUAAUGACAGGUGGGUUUGGCUGAUAAGAUUAGUACAACGGUUGGGGCUCUAUCUGGUGGCAUGAAGAGAAAACUCUCCCUUGGGAUAGCGCUGAUUGGAGAUAGCAAGGUGAAGUUCAUGACUCAGUACAAAUGAGUCAACCUAUUUUGUUAUACUGAAUGAAUGAGGUUGCAUACAGGUUAUCAUUCUGGACGAGCCAACUAGUGGCAUGGAUCCAUAUUCAAUGCGCUCGACAUGGCAAUUAAUAAAAAGAAUCAGGAAGGGUCGGAUAGUUUUAUUGACAACACAUUCCAUGGAUGAAGCUGAUGUACUUGGGGAUCGGAUAGCAAUAAUGGCAAAUGGCUCAUUGAAAUGUUGCGGAAGGUUUGUGUGACUUACCUUCUUGAAAUGAACUGUGCAUUAAUUAUUUCAUUUGCUUGUCUUAACCAACCCAUUAUUGAAAUGACUUGGAAUUUUAACAUUUUAAUUUAAUCGUGCUAUAUUUUGCUUGAUAGUUCAUGAAACUUAUCAAAGCUUUGCCCCAGACAUGUUAAUUUUUUGACACACGCAUAAGGGCUUUUUUUUCUAUCACAGGACGUGUUGUCUAGAUUUCCUAUGUAGGAUGUUGUCUUUUAUCAGUCUAAAUGCUGUGUGUACGUUAUUAACUUGAGUUUCAAAGCAUGGCCAUGAGACUGGUAUUGAAUCUUGAUUCAUACCAGGUAGAAUAUUUUUGAGUUGAUUAUGAAUCAAACUGUCUGACAAGGAAGUAUAACAUAAAUAGAACAAGCAUCUCCGUAUAUGUUCCUUAAGACGGCCCUUAUAGUUCAAUGGCAUAUCAAGAAGGCCUUUCUUCUUUUAGAAAAGACUCAUUUUUCUCCCGUUUUCAAAAGUAACUCUAGCAUAUUUCACUGUGUUAUUUAAAUCAAGUUCAGUUUUUUCUUUUCACCCCAGAUUUAUUGAUUUAGAUCUUAAGGUCAAGUUUUAGUUGUAUGAUAUGAGAAAGAACAGUCAAUCUCAAAUGAAUGAUGGAUAUUGGAUAAUCCACAGAAGAGAUGUGCAUGGGUUGGAAUAUGAUGGAAUCUCUCUACUAAGGAAGAUCCUAUUCCUUGUGUUGCAAAGAUUCGUUUCUCCAUGAGGCUAUGUAAUCUGAAAAAAGGUGGAGUCUCGCAGGACUGCACUGAUCAAACAUCCUAUCAUUCCCUACUGAAGAAUCUGUUACCUAUCUUGAAUGUGCAACACUAGGGUGCCAAUACACUAUAGUUUUCCUUAUAUAUGAGAUUCGUUCUUAAUAUACCUUAGAAAACUCUCUAGCCUUUUUUAAUUCUUUAUUCAGCCUGUUACCAGCACACUCCAUUCAUGUAACCAGAUCUUCAAAUUUAGGAAAGCUUGCUGCAUUUCUUCUCUACAUAGUGGCCCUCUUCCGAACUCCUUGUACAGUUGUUUCUAUUUCAAGAAAAGGCGGAGGUAAAUCGAUAUUCAAACGAGCUACUGGAUAGUUUUUGUUAUUUUCUGUCCUUCAUUCAUUAAAGACUAUUUCUCUCCUAAAAUAUAGGCAUAUUUUCUGACUCCAAUACUUGUCUCUUACGUUGCAUUCUUCCUCCAAAACCGUAUCUUUUUUCCCUGUCCAUGUUAACAUGGGAUGGGCAAUGGUUGGUAACCUCCUGUUGGGAAGAAGGUCCUUGAAUUUCUAUUUUCUUCUACAUGACUAGAUGUGAUACGUUCCCUUUGAACAUUAGAUAUUUUCAUGCUAUUAUGAAAACUUUAAUCUUAGUUCCAAGAACGUUUUUUCAUUUUCAGUAUCCGAAAUUUAAUUCGCCUUAUGCCUUGUUUUUGACAGUUCCCUUUACUUGAAGCACCAAUAUGGCGUCGGUUAUACACUCACUGUAGUAAAGGUCUCAUCCUGCUUCUUAUAUUAACACUUUCAUUCCCAUAGACUGAACUACAUUCAACAGUUGAAGAUUUUCAUGCUUAAUUGUCCUGGUUUUCUUCUGGCAGGCAUCACCAGCCAGUUCUGUAGCAGCUGAUAUCGUGUAUCGUCAUGUUCCGUCUGCCACAUGCUUAUCUGAUGUAAUUUUUUCUUAUCUUUUCCGUAUUUCAGGCCAUCUUGGUAAACCUAACUGUUUCUAUUCUUUUUAUUUUUCUUUUCACUAUUUUGUGUAAUAAUCGGUUGGAGGUAGGUGUAACUUUUGUUGGUUCUUACCUUGGUGGAACCCUCUACUUGAUUUUUUAAGAUCUGUUUGAGGUCAAUUUUAAAACCAAUGAAUGAGCAUAUCCAUGAGUUUAUUAAUUGGCCAUGAUUUUAAAUAUCUGCAGAAGCGGUAAAAGAUUUCAUGUUUUUUUCAAAAUGUUAAAUGAAAUAAUGGCACAAGUUUAAUGAAUGGUUUCAUGUGGGAUGAUCAUGGCCAAUGUAAGAAGUGAAAGAAAAGCAGGAACGGACGAAUCAGGAUCUAAUUAGUGCUCCCUUUCCAUGUUUAAGCUAGUGAAACCAGUAAUUGUUCUGCUACAUUAACCGACAUAGUUAUUGAAGCUAGUUACCGUUUUUCCCCAUUGUUUCAGGUGGGUACAGAAAUAUCCUUUCGUCUUCCUCUUGCGUCUUCCUCUUCAUUUGAGAAUAUGUUUCGGGAAAUUGAGGGUUGCAACAAUAGAGGAGGUGGUACAGGUGGAAUAUCCACUGACAAUGCUGACCGCUCUCAUGGGAUUGAGAGUUAUGGAAUAUCUGUGACAACGCUGGAGGAAGUAUUUUUGAAAGUUGCAGGUUCAGAGAAUCCAGUUGACAGUAUGUCACAAAUUGAAAAUGAUGCUGAAGGUUCUCAAUGCAUUCUUUCAACAAAAUCUUCAAAUAGUAAGAUCAGCUGUGGGUGUUGGAUGCUGGUUUUUCAGAUGAUAUGCAGUGGUGUGGAAAGAAUGUGCAGUGUGAUACUUUCAAAAGUAACCAGUUUCAUAGCAUUCUUUACUCUUAAAUUCUGUUGCUGUGAAAUAAUUAUGAAGUCAACAUUUUGGAAUCAUUUCAAGGCACUGCUCAUAAAGAGAGCACUAUCUGCUAGGAGAGACCGAAGAACAGUUAUUUUCCAACUUCUUAUUCCAGUACUAUUCAUGUUAUUUGGGUUUCUUUCUCUAAAGCUUAAACCACAUCCUGACCAAUGUUCUAUAACUUUUACAACAUCUCAUUUUAAUCCUUUACUACGAGGCGAUGGUGGUGGGGGACCGAUCCCCUUCAAUCUUUCACUUCCUGUAGCAGAAAAGGUUUCUUUAUACCUGAAACUUUUAUUCUCUGCAUCCUUUAUUGUAUAAUUGUUUUCAUGAUUCGUUCUUUCGCAUGCAUAGUUGAGUUCCUUUUGAAGGACCUUGAUUUUUUCUUGACUUUGUACAGGUUUCAUCCUACAUCGAAGGAGGGUGGAUUCAGAAACAACAACCAAGGUCGUUUGAAUUUCCAGAUCCUGAAAAGACUUUGGCUGAUGCAAUUGACGCUGCUGGGGAGUCAUUGGGUCCGGCCCUUAUUUCUAUGAGCGAAUUUCUCAUUACUAGCUUAAAUGAAUCUUACCAAUCAAGGUAUGAAUGAUGCUUUUUCUUUUCGUUUCUGUGUCCUGUCAUGAAAUUUCGUCUGUCUGAGAUAUAGUUUUUACACGUCUAGAUUUAUUUUUUGAAUAAAGUAGAUGUACUUAUUAUUUUUGUAUGGGAAGUUGUGUUGUAUAUUUCAGGUUUAAGCCAUAAUGUAAAAGCUGUUUUAUUUUGGAACUGACAUUGUGUAUCAGUGAUACUGCAAAAUGGAGAAGAAUAGAAGAAAAAAGAAGAGAAGAAGAUGAACCAAAAAGAAUAGUAGAUACAGGGGAAUCCUUGUGAGAAUGCCGCUAUACAGGGGAAUCCGAUACAGGGGAAUCCGUGCCUAAAAAAUGACUGUCCAAUUCUCUAUUAAAACAUAAAUUACGAGAACACCACUAUCACUGUAUUCUAGCGUGAAUAAAUUUUUUUCUUAUGUUUCUUCUUGGCAUUCAAUUGAUUCCAAUCUUUCCUGUGAGAUGUAUUUUUUGCAAUUUAGUUAAUUUCCCCAAUAUUCACUCAUGUAUGACCUGGGUUUAUGAGAGACUGUGGGAGUCUAGUACGUAGGGUGUCCCCGGCAAUAAAAAUACUGUAGAUGUCCCAUUUUUCACAGAAAUUAGUUCAUUUGGUUUGGGCUGGUCUAGCAAUUAAAUCAGACCAGUGGUUCAGGAUGCUUGCCAUGCGAGUAUGCUUUUAUGUUUGAGGAAGAAAGUUUUUUUUUUUUAUAGUUCUCUCUUUCUUAAUUUCUAUUUUGUUUCCCUUUCUUCGUGAUAUGUUCCCUCUUCCGGCUUUCGUCUCUCAUGUUCUUCAAACUGUUUACUUGAAUAGUUCUGUGUGGAGUUCCAGCAUCUGGAGCUUUAUUUUCGAUUCUUUUCAGCAAAGCUCUUGUAAACAGUUUAAAUUCGCGACUUAAUUGAAUAGUUUCUCCUGCCUGCGAGGUCUGUGAUUAGUCGUUCUAGAGUAAUAGCUCCAGAUUGAAGCUGCAAUUGUGCAUGCUCGGCCAAGAUUAAAAACCCAAGAGGGUAACCAGUGUUCUUGUUACUGCAACACUGGAGGUCAAGUUCAAAAGCGAUUUCAGGUUUUCCUUCAGUAUAAGGAUCUUAUUAUCCAUGGUCACGCGUUUGGAUUACCAAGUUUUCUCAUUUCUUUUGGAGUAAAUUUGCUGCAUGUUUCCAGAGAUUAUAAAUAUCAGAGUGCAUUACAAGAAAAGUCAUGAGAGUUCUUCUAUCCUUGAUGUUGAUAAUUCUAUCCGAGUCUCAUGAGAGUUGAAAUAAAGUUAAAAUAACCUUGAAAUUUUUUGAGAGUAAAGUAGGAUAAAUAGACAGCAAUGAGGACAGCCAACCAAAAUUACCUGUUAUCAGGAUAAAACGUAAUAAGGGCUCUAGGGAUAAAACGUAAUAAGUAAUUGAAGUAAAAUCUCAACAGCUGAAUCUGGAGGACUAACCUGGUGGGUUCAGUCAGAAGAUUAGUGGCGAUGUUACCUCAGCCCCACUGAUAUACAACCAAUAAUCAGGAAGGCAGUAUCUCAUUAUAUCUUGUGGUAACCCCACCUUCGUCCGCAGUGAAGCCUGUAAAAGUUUGCCCAGCUCCAUACGUAGCAAGUUCGUCAUCUGGCAGGAACAUUGGUCUCCUCGGAAGUGAAUGACCUGGAACUGUUUAGAAGUGCAUUUUGCAAGCCGCUUGCGCUUCAUAAAUUAUUCUCUUAAUGAAGCAUGGUUUUCUGCACUUGUUCAUCACUCCCUUUGGAGAACCAAUUAUGGGCAGACCAACACCACAAAUCCAGUAAUGCCUUUCAAAAUUGCUGCAUGUCAAAAUUCAAGUGACACCUCUUUCCUGGUUUAGAAGUCAGGAACGAAAAUGGAUGUCUUCAAAUUAAAAAGUAAUUGUGUUACUUUUUAGAAAGCUGAAUAUUUAUAAGAGUAUCCUAGUGUGAGUGUUUUCUAAAUGUGGAGAGCAAUUAAAGUGUUAUAAAUGUAAAUACAAUAUACAGUUUGUAUAGUGAGCGUUUUCAAUUAAACUAUUACUUCAAUUGUGUCCAACUAAGAGUAAGGUGUUCAGUUCAGCAUGUUUCUUUAUCAUGUAUUCACUUGAGUUUCUCUUUAUCACUCAUUUCUUGCAUGAAAGUAUAGCCUUUUAUCUCAACUUUUACCUUAGUAGUUUUUUCAACAAAUUCCGACAUAAAAUCAUCACUGUCUGCUCCAUGCUUUGAAAUUUCCUCUCUUUAUUGAAUGAAGGACAAACACAUUCACUGUAAUAGUACUUCGUCAAAUGCCAUUUAUUUUCGUUAUAUUUUUUUAUUUCAAGGUACGGUGCAGUUGUAAUGGAUGAUGUGAAUGACGAUGGAAGCUUAGGAUACACGGUCCUUCAUAACAGUUCCUGUCAGCAUGCUGCUCCGACAUAUAUAAAUUUGAUGAAUGCUGCAAUUUUAAGACUUGCGGCUGAGGAAAGAAAUAUGACCAUUCAAACUCGUAACCAUCCUCUCCCUAUGACAGUAUCUCAGAAGUUGCAACACCAUGUAUGUUGAUCUAUCUAGUCUUUUUGUAUCUCUUCAUUUGUUGUCAUGUUCUAUAUUCAUAUGGAAAGGUAAAAAAUGCUCUGUUGUGUAACUGGGCCCUCCAUCUCAAAUGUUGUGAUCUCUUUAUCUUUAUCUUUUUUGGUUGGGGCAGGCGGUUAAGCUUUGAAUGCAUUUUGCAAAAUGGAAUAAAUCUUAUUCAGUUUUCGUAUUUUAUGUACUGUUAUUUUGGCACAAUCACUUGUAGUGCAUGUUUUAUGUUUCUAUACUGAGACUUCCCCUCCCAGAUCUAUUUUUUCUUGAGGGCUAGGGAAUGUAUUUAGAUUGGACGUGAGCUCAAUGCUGCACACUGGACUAUUGGGUCAAGACUUUAGUUUGAACAGGUAUACUGUCAUGCUGAUUCUUAAUCAACGGAUAAUCUAUAUUAAAAAUGUGCGUAGUCUAUUGUCGACGGAUCAGUAUUCCCUUAUAGAUGAAAUCCCUUCAAUUCUUGAGUUUAUUUUAUAGCUUUUCCUCAGACUUAAUGGACCAUCAUGGUUACCCUUUGGCCUUUCUGGUGGAUAGUUACUCCAGUAAGGAAGAGGCAUGCAUUAGAGCUUUCCAUACUUUCAUGUCCUUAGACGGACUUUAUAGAAACAUUACUUAAUGUGGACUGGACCCUAAGGAAGUCCUCUAUUUCUUCAAGGUUUAUUCGUCUUAAAUUAUGUUCCAAUUGGCUCCAACAAUCCAUAAGCUAAAAAGUUGUCAUGACUCUGUGUAUAGUAAAAUCACGCAAUCUAUGCAUUUGGGUAGCUAAUUUGAUGUCAUUCAAGCAUAAGUCACCAAAGGACUCCAUUCAAGUCUUUUCUUGGUGUUCAGUUGUUCCCUCAAUAAAUUCAGAAAAGUUUCUGAUCUGAGCGUAGAGCUAAAGUCGUUGUUAACAUGUUUUUUCUUAUUGUCUCAUCUUUUUGAUGAUUGAUAUUCUCAAAGUUAAAUUUUCCACUUCAUUGUCUUCUAGAAACUGUAUGUACAUUUUUUCUUAGCCAUUUUUAUCUAAUUUUUCUGCAUGCAGAGAACUUGAAAAUUAAGAAAAUUUAUUACUAGAUAAUUUCAAGGUUGACAUUAUCUAGUGACGUACUUCUCCAUUUUGUUCUAUUUUCUUGUGUCUUACUUGUUAAGUUGUAUUUAAUGUCUUUUAGGAUCUGGAUGCAUUUUCUGCUGCAAUUAUAGUGAGCAUUGCGUUUUCAUUCAUUCCCGCCUCAUUUGCGGUUACCAUUGUGAAGGUAAAACUACUAUCCUCGAAAUACAUUUUUUAAUUCUAUUUUUUGUAAUCUCAUAAAAAGACUAUUGUUGACUAAAUUUCUGAAGGAGAAUCUUUGUCAAUUGUUUUAUGACUAUGUAAUGGGUUAGCACCUAUAAUGGAUGACUUUAUUAUCAUAGUUUAUGUUCCUUAACGACUUCUGUUCCAAUGAAAUAUCUUUGAAUAAAAUUUGGCUAUUAUAAUUCAGCACACCUCUUUGAGUUAUUGCGUCAUACUCUACAAUCCUUCUACUUAGUUUGAUGCAUAUGGCUUACUUUUUAAUUUAUAAAGAGAUCUGGCGGAAGAUGCAUUUAAGAAAGUGAAGACGAACGCCGUCCAAUGGUGAGAGAAUGGCAGAACAACAAGAAAAUCCUAGGAAAGGAAGAAGAAUGUCUUUGAACAGUAGACGGGCACUAAACCAAGGAAACACAAGGACCGGAAGGAAAAGACAUACAUUUCCCUGUAAGAAAGGCGGAACACGAAGAAAUCCCUAGAUUUGGAGUUAAGAGGGGAGGAUAGAUGUGGGCACUAAUCCCUAGGCCCAAAUAUGGAGAGAGUCCGUUUUCUUCUUCUGUACUUCGUUUGUCCUUAGGGUAAUAAUUUGCAUAUAGACAGAGAAACAAUAGAAGUUUAGCAGACCCGAGGUGAAUUUGAGUCUCAAUGAGUUACUUACCCCAAACAUGGUCAGAUAUUUCAAUAGGCCCAGCAGCUCUAACACAAGAAAACAAAAGAAGGAUAAUUUCUUAUCAAGUGAAGUAUAUAUAUCAUGUAUGGUUAUGUUAUGUUGGAUAUUAUUACUAGACAUAAUUAGAGUUACGUUAUUAUUACAAUAUAAGUUGAAAGGAGAGUGAAUCUAGAUACCUAUGUCUUGAAUCAAAUGAGUAGUCGAAUCCAAAUCAACUCAGUUAGACACGAUGCCAUGGCCAUCUGUUCUACCUCAUCAUAAAUCUUUCGACAACUGUUUGUUUCUUGCUUCUCUACAUCUCUAGGUUAGCACCAAGAUAUGCGCAAUAUCCUCCAAUAGGUCUUCAAUCAUCAUUAUAGAGCUCAAUCUAUAUCCGAAGAGCCCUCAAUCUGUAUGUUUUAACACUUGGAAUACUAUAUACCUUUUCCUAUAUUUGAUUUUAGAUACCACUGAGUCCGUUAUACAACCCUUAUAUGUGAGUCUCUUAGUGAAUGAAAAAAAUUACUAACAAUGCUCACAACAUAAGUAACGUCAGGCUAGUCAAAGUUAAAUAAAACAGUUUGUUAGUGUAGUCGAGAUAGCACACGGUCUGGAGCUCUGAUAGGUGCCCAGCGCUCGUGGAAAAAGAACUCAAACUUUAUUGAUCAAGAAAACUUAUUACAAGGAGAGCGGGAUCCAGUAUUUAUACCAGAUCCUUAGGAGGUUCUAGACAUACUGAUGUAACACGAAAUGAAAGGUAUAUGAGGAUAUAUAUGUAAACAUAUAAGGUAUACAGGUUAUUAAGUACAUCUCGACCACGGUUAGGAAGUACAGGAAAUCUUUGAUAAAUGCCUUUAUCAAUAUCAGAGAGAAAUGUGCCUUCUUGUCCAUUCAGGAAGUCCUAUGAUUUAUUUCCAUUAGAGUUUCAACAGUUUUGUACCCAAGCUUAUCAGUCUUUCUUACUGGAUGUAAUGCAUAUUUUCUUUGAUGUAUUUAGAUACCUUUAUUAGAUUUUGUCGCUUCAAUGCUGAGGAAGUACCGAUGGUUGUCAGGAUCUUUGAGAUCAAAUUUCUUAGCAAGUUUGAUCUUUAGCAUUUUAGUCUCCUUGUUAUCGUUACCUGUGAUCAUCAUAUCAUCAAUACAAAAAAUUAAAACGCAAAUUUUUCCUUCCUGCCAUUUUGUAGAGAAGGAAUGAUUUGCAUUGCUUCCUUCUAUAUACUCAAAAUAAUCACAACUCUUUAGAUCUGUCAAACCAUCAUUGUAGAUAUUAAUUUAAGCUACAUAAAACCUUCUUCAACCUACAUACUUUUCCUUAGAUAGUCUCCAUCCAAGAAGUGCUGUUUUACAUCACGCUGAUAGAGAUCCUUUUAAAAUUGAUUUAAUGAAAGAAAUGAGCCUUGCAAAUUUGAGUUUUGCUACGAGAGCAAAAUUUUACUCAUAGUUGAUAACAUAGGCUUAUGUAAACCCGUUUGCCAUGAGUCUUGCUUUGAAGCAAUGAAUGGCUUCGUGUGCUUGGUACGUGAUAAUAAGUACUCAUUGAGAGCCAAUGAAGUUCCUUGGGGUAGGGAGUUGUACAAGAUCCCAUAUUUUAUUUUCGCCGAAGAGCCUUCAUUUCCCCAUCCACUGCAUGUAGCCACUUUGUAUCCUGUAAACCUCUGCGAAAGAAUCAGUGACAGAGCAAGAAUCCAAGGUACACAUAAAAUAGUAUCUUUCCGUUGAAUAAAGUGUUGAAUCUCAUUGACUUGAUUAAUCCCAAGGUCCAAGUCAUGUUAGCGUUGUCAUUUAACUUCCAACUAGCAUAUCUUGGGUAGUUUUCCAUUAACGCUACCGCUCUUAAAGUAUGCUUAGAACUAACUUUCCAAAUUUGUUGAAAUGAGGGAUUGAAAAGAAUUGAUUUCACUGUUUUAAGAAGCAGUCACUUUGGGAGAGCGCCUCUCUCAGAAGAAGACGUCCGUGAGAAGAAGAUUGGUAAAAAAAUUAUUGGCUUUACGAUACCAAACUCUCACAGGUGAUGCCAGGAGGUCGUCUGGGCGUAUUGGUUUUUUUUUUGAGGAAGUGUGCAAGAUUGUCCGUCCAACGAUAGCAUCAUAGUUGGGAACUCUUUAUGAUCGUCUCUUGCUCUGAUAUAAUCUCAAUCAGAUAGUGAGAAAAGUGUGGACCACCAAGAAAACCUUGCGAAUGGCAGAAGGACAGAACGCUUGCGAAUCAGACGAGAAGAAGAAUGCUUGCGAAUGGCAGAACGGCUGAACGCUUGCGAAUCAGACUAGAAGAAGAAUGCUUGCGAAUGGCAGAAGGGCAGAACGCCAUUGAAACCCUAGGAUAGGAAGAAAAAUACCUUCUGUCGAGUUGGAGAAGGGUGGAACACCACGAAAUCCCUUGGUGUUGAUUAGAUAGGAGAGGAGAAUAGAUGGAGGCACAAAACCUGAGGCUGAAUAGUGGAGAGAAUCUCUUUUUCUUCUUCUCUUAAGGGUGAUGAUUUAUACAUGGGCGCAACAAUACAUGUUUAGUGGACCCAAGGUAGAUCCGAGGCUUAAUAUGUUAGGGGGCUCAAAUAAGGUCCGAUAUUUUUAUUCUACCAACCAACUCUUUCACAGAGAAGUAGAAAAAGGAUAACUGGUUUUGGACAGAAAGCAUUCUUGACAUCAUGUAAGUACAAAAAUUAAGAAUAGUACUUGCGAAGGACAAAUUUGUCUUGAUUGAAUUGAGAUAGGCCACUCUCACAAAGAGAGAUAUGUUAACAGAAGCCAAAUAGGAUAGAAAAGGGUAAUAAGCUAAUGAAAGUUGUGAAUCAUUAAUAUGUUUGAAACAAAAAGCUCAGUAUACUCACUCAUAUCCUUGUAGCAUGAUGUCAGCGAACUAGUGUUAUGUUGACUUGAUGAUUUGAUAUUCUCUUAGGCUAGGUCAUCAAAACGGGGCUUUUCAUGAUUUUCUUUCUUACGGAGGAAGCUAGUAGAUCUUUGAUCUUUGCUAGUCUCCUUCUGAUUAGUGGGACAAUCAGAACCUUGACUGUCUUCUAUCGUUACAUCUGUAGUUCUUUAAUUUCCACCAUUAGGAGUAAAAUGUCCUUUGAAGCGGAAAAAGGAGAACAGGUGAUGAUUGAAAGAUUAGUGAAUUCUGAUAUUAAGGGUGAGACUUGUAACCAAGACAGACUGAAAGAAAGUGGGACCUUGAAUUUAUGACAUUUUAUAAUAAGAUUUGAAGGCCACCUUGAACACUAAUAAACUCUUUGUCUGAAUGAAUUGUGUCCUACACUCUUAACAUGUUUGAUUACUUGUCCAACUGAUAAAAGAUGAUUUUUCCUUCAUGUAGGAACGUGAAGUCAAAGCCAAACAUCAACAACUAAUCAGCGGCGUAUGCUUUCUCCCUUUGAGCUUUGCAUUUUUCUUGUUCCAUCUUAUUCUCAUUAACUAAUUGGACUGUUUUCAGGUGUCAAUAAUGUCAUACUGGAUAUCCACGUACCUGUGGGACUUCAUCAGCUUCUUAUUUCCUACAUCAUUCGCUUUUGUUCUCUUCUUCCUUUUUGGUACGUGGAUAACUCUUCAAAUUAUUUUACUUCCUCUGUUAAAAAAUGCCAGGAUAAGGGAAAAGGAGUGAUACUUCUGUCUUUCAAUCAUGUACUACUGAAAAGAUAUCAUCUCCUCAACGUGACAAAAAUGUAAAUCGAACUUUCGAGACCGAUUUUUUGGAUACUUUAGAGACCAAGCCUGUCGGUUCAGUACAAAGGGAAAAUAAGAUCAUGGAAAUAUGAAGGCAUGGAUCCAUGUGACGGUAACUUUGCUUCGAUUCUCUCAUAGCCUGGUAAGCAAAUGUGGCCAGCCAGAAAAACUAGUCUGUGGAAAACGAAGUCUGUCUGUGCCCGUCAGUUAUGGACUCUGUUUGAUAUCAUUCAUGAACCGUGUAUUCCUGUUAAGACUUUUUUUACUACAUGUUGGGAUCGCAAUUUGAAAAACCAACAUGACUUUUUAAAAGGCUCUGUUUAUUGAGUAAAUAACUUGUGCUAAAAGACGUGAAGGUUUCCGCUUUAUUUUGCUUUCCAUUUCAUAAGUAGUUUUUGCGAUUUUAGUUAGUUUAGGAUUCAUUAACUGGCUAUAAAUGUCUGAUCUCUUUAUAGUAGUCAUUUGAUUCACAUGCCCCUAGUUUGGAAAUCUAAAGUGCUUCAUGAAACAAUUGGUUCCUGUGUAGGUCUUAAUCAGUUUGUGGGGAGUGGUUCCAUUUUGCCAACGGUAUUCAUAUUUUUGGGGUAUGGUUUAUCCAUUGCCUCAUCAACCUACUGCCUGACGUUCUUUUUCUCUGACCACACAGCAGCACAGGUGUCUUUCUAACAUUUGUUUUAUUUUUAGGUUUAUUGUUUUCGCUCCCUAACUUUGUUUGUUUCUUUUCAAUGUUUGCAGAAUGUGAUUCUCUUGGUGCACUUUCUUUCUGGCCUCAUCCUGAUGGUUAUUUCAUUCAUUAUGGGGCUUAUUCGAGCUACUAGUGAAAUAAACUCUGUUUUGAAGGUUUGUUGAGUUUUAUGAAUGCCUUCGUUUACCAUUCAUUUUUUACUUCAAGCAAGCGUGGCUUCAGUUUUCCCUUUUUUUCUUUUUUAUUACCUAUAUCAAAUAUCUGUUCCACUUUUUUCACUCAGAUCAAAUCUCUGAUCUUGUUUGUACACCUUGUCCAUCUCCUAAAGAUAGAAGUGAAUGUUUAUUUCUUUACUUUCACUCCAUUUAUAAUCGAAGGCCAAUUGCUAUAAUAUAUGCUCUCUCAACCAACCACUUCAAGACAGGUAGUUAGAAUCUUCCUGUGGUAACUAAUGGGGUCAUGGCAUCAGGACGUGCAUCCAUUUAAAUUUUAAACCAGUGAAACUAUGCUUCUUAGGAAGUUUUUUUUUUUUCAGGGGUUUAUAUCCAUUUAUACAAUUUGUAACUCAAUCUUCUUGGUACUAGUUUUCAUAAAUUACUUCACGGUUCCUUUAAAAGGCUGGGAGAUAAACAUCAGUACCUGAUUUAUGAGAGGUAAUCUAGAGUUCUAUUUACAUGAAAGUUCCUUUCCCUUUUGUACGACCAUCUGAAGUUUUUUCCUUAUUUUUUUAAAGCAUUUGCGAUUUGGUUACAUAUUUAAAUAACUUAAGAUUGUUUUUUAUUUGACUGGCACGUAUAUUUUUUUCUUCUGGGUGAACAGAAGAAACUAUUUCUGGCGCUGACAUGUACAUUCUCUAUUCUGCAUUGGCAUAGUGCCGCAUUUUUUUGUUUUUUCAGAGCCGUCAUAUUGAUUCCUUGAAGUUAUUUUUAGACUUCUAGCCAUAAAAAACCAACCUGACAGAUUUUCCGUCCAAUCGAUGCAGAACAUCUUUAGAUUUUCUCCAAGCUUCUGCUUUGCUGAUGGCCUCGCAUCACUUGCUCUUCGUCGACAAGGAAUUAAACUUGGAUCUGGAACCCAACUCGAUUGGAAUGUCACUGGUGCUUCUAUUUGCUACCUGGGCUUUGAGGUUAAUUGCGUUUUUUCUACUGUACUAAUUUCAUUUCCAUCUGAUAGAUUUUCCAUAUGAUCAGCGAGAUUUUAUUUUUGGGGGGCUAUGUAAUUAUUAUAAUAUCAUGCAGUGUGCUGAAGUUACCAGGUAAUCCAAUUCAAAGCCAAAUGAUGAUGAGUAGAGUAGUCUCAUCUUUAGUAAUCACGGUUUCACUCUUCUUAUAAUGAGUAGAGUGGGUUCAUCCGAUUUAAAACAGGACUGUUCUUUAUAUCCCACCUCAUGUAGAACAAUAGUGAAUCUUCCUUUCUCAUUCAAUAGCUGCCAACUUUGUCAAAUUGAAUAAUUUAAGCUGAAUAGUUUACAUGCCAAUGCAAGUUUUUAUAAGCUCAGUUAUUUAUUGACUAAUGUUUUCUAUUUAUUCAAGCUAAACUAGACCUUGAACCUUACUAUCCUCACACCGCAUCUUGGUACUUUUGAAUAUACUUAUCUUUUGCAGCAGUUAGAGUAUUUUUUUACAGUCGCUGGAACCAGGGAAAACCCACAGUUCCAUUGUCAAUUUUGGCUUUUUAUCAAAUUAACAGAAAAAUGGGAUAUAUGCAUAACUUAAGAGUAGCCAUGGACUCACACGUACGUUGUUAAUGCAGUUUGGUCAUUUAACCAGAACCAAUUCAGAAUGAGUGGAGUAUGCUCAUAUUUAUUAAUUACUGUUUUAGCAAUCAAUGUGUGACCAUUAGUAUCGUGUUAAAGAGACCACUGUAGUAUACAGCAAAAUAGGCUGACCCUCAUGCUAACGUUAAUGAGUCAUUUGAAAUUUGGGGACAUGAGACUCAUAUGAGGUCUCAUGUUGUUAUCAUCUCUUCCGCUUUAUUUACAUAUGGAUUAUGAUUUAACCUAAUAUCCUCCUAAGUUUAGAGCCUAGGUUUCGUUGUGGUUUGAAUCCUCUGUCACCAUCAACCUAGUUAUUUCUGAUUCUUAGAAUGUUACGGAUGGUGGCUCGCCCAUGUACUGCUCUAAAUUUAUUAGGCCUUGUCUCUAGUGUUGUGGCAACAGCAUUCACUGCUUCCUCUCUUUCGUCGUUGAUUUUUAGUGUUGUACUAGAUGUAGGCUGAGGCUACUGCAAUGCAAGCGCCAUUGCCGGAGGCCACAGCUGCAAUAUCUAGGUGCUAGGAGUUGCUGCAGGGGUGGCAACUAAAUGUUACACGUGUUGACCAGGACUGACAUGACGCAAGCCAUCCUGAGAUGUGAGGAUUGAGGGUUGAUCAUGGUGUGUUGUCUCUUUAGUUUGACUAAUCUGUACUCUUUCCCUUUGGAGUCUUCUUUUUCAAAGGGUUGAAGGGAGAUGCACUGUGCAUGUUUUUCGUUUAGCAUUUUAACUCUGUCAUCUAUUGUUCCAUCUUCAACUCUAGUGCCUUCUAAUCAGACUUUAAUGGCAGCCUUAUGUGUUGCACCCUCUCUCAGCAUCUAAAUAGAUGAGAAGUGGGUCUCAAAUUUUAUCCCAUUUUUCUCGUUCUAUUUCUGACUAAGGGAAAUAAUGUUACAGAAUUCCAUUCCAUAGUUUUCGCAAUUUUGAAUUGUAUUUGAUAAUGCGUCAUUUCAAUUCUCAGGCAUUUUUUUGAUGUUACAGUACUUCGUUACAUUCUACAGGCCCUUUAAGUCAUAGAAUUUAAUCUUCUUAUGCUGUUUCGCUUUUUCUUUGACUGUGGCAGAGUGUGGUGUACUUCCUUUUAACAAUUGCCCUUGAGCUCCUACCGUCCUGUCGAUUCAGUUCCCUUAUGAUCAAGGAGUGGUGGCAGAGUUUCCAAAUGAAUGGCCAGAGCUUAUCGCCAAUUUUGCAGAAACCUCUUCUUGAGCCGUCUAAGACUGAUGUUCUUUUUAUUGAUGAGGAUAUUGACGUUCGAGCAGAACGAGAAAGGGUACUUUCUGGUUUUGCUGAUAAUGCUAUUAUAUACUUGAGAAAUCUUCGUAAGGUAUGCAGAAGUGUUUCUAGAGUAUUUUUUUUAGAUAGACUUUCUUUUGUAAAUUGAAAUGUUAUUUGACAAGAAUUUCCAAACAGGUCUACAACGGAGGACGAAAUCAAAAGGGAAAAGUUGCAGUGAGUUCCUUAUCAUUCUCCGUCCAAGAGGGAGAAUGCUUUGGUUUCUUAGGAACAAAUGGAGCCGGCAAGACUACAACAUUAUCAAUGUUAUCAGGUACGACGAGGCAUAAUUUUUCUCACCAUCUCAUCUAGAGCUUCAGUUCUUAAUCCUGAAUGUCUCUUUCGAUCGUUUCCUUGGUACAUUAUUUACCAAAGCCCUUGGAAUCGUUUGAAGGAUUUAAAUAUCAGCUUUGAAAUCCACGUUGACUCUUUCUCCGUGAUUAAAUCUAAACAGACACUUUUUGGAUUUCCUUGUAGUUAUGUAUAUUUAAAAUUGCAUAUGUUGCACAACAUGGAAAUCAUAAUUAUCGUAAUUUUGGGGAAAACAUAGUUUUAAUUUAAAUGCUUGACAGUUUAAUAAGUGGCACAUUAUGUUCUGAUUGUCACAGGGGCAGAGCAAUGAAAUGAUCAUGACGUUGCCAGUAGUUCCAGAAAUCUAUCUUCCAAGGAUAAUUUUAUGAUUUCUUUUUUAUUCAUUUGUUUCCUGCCGUCGAAAAUCUGGUGCAGUAAAUGCAAGAAGGCUCUUGCCAAAUGGUUACAUAAUGAUCUUAUGAACGCUUUUUCGGUGACUUUGGCAUAUCGAUAGUGAGACGCAGACUUAAAAUAUUUAGUUGUAUUAAGUGGACAGUCAUAGGAGAAGCUGUUCACAAGGGCUUUAGUGAAAUUGUUUCCUUUGUUGAGUUCAAUAUAAUUGCAUAUCUAUGAAGAAAAAUGUAUUGUAUUUCAGGACAUUCUCUUUCCACCGCUAGUUUUUGUUUUAAUUUUAUUCCAAUUGUUCUAUCUUUCAGUUUUUAUUUGUAUUUAACAUAAAAAAUAACAUGUAAUUGGUAAUAUAGUUGUUUUACCGUCUUUUAGUUUUAACGUUCCAUUGUUUUGAUAAAAAAGUUUGUUUUGUGUGAGACCGUCGUCUGUUUCCUUUCUGACAAAUACGGCAUUUGUUACUAGGAGAGGAAUACCCAACAGAUGGAACUGCAUAUAUUUUCGGCAAGGACAUACGAAUGCAUCCUAAGGCUGCUAGAAAACAUGUAAGUUGGCCGAAACAUAAGAUUCAUGCAUGUGAUUUCUGUCAAAAAAAAUUCAUGCUGCUAAUAAAUUUUAUUUUCUUGUCUUUUCUGAUGGUAACAGUAUAUUUUCCUUGUGGUGUCGCAGGUUGGUUACUGUCCACAAUUUGAUGCACUUCUGGAGUUUCUGACUGUUCGAGAACAUCUUGAAUUGUAUGCGAGAAUAAAAGCUGUCUCCGAAAUGAGAAUAAAACAUGUACCACAAAAUUUGCUAGUCUCCAUAUUUUUUUCUAUAUUAUUUUCUUAAUAUCUUCUUACGUUUGCAUAUUUUCUAAUUUCUUUUCUAAACUUCAUAGGUUGUUCAGGAAAAGUUGGAAGAGUUUGACUUAUUGAAGCAUGCAGAUAAGCCUUCAUAUUCUUUAAGUGGGGGGAAUAAGCGCAAGUUGUCAGUUGCCAUUGCAAUGAUUGGAGAUCCGCCUAUAGUAAUCCUUGAUGAGCCAUCUACAGGUUUUCAUACAAGUUUUCUUAUACCUUCAGAGUCAUUUGCAUUAGUAAAAUAUGUUGUUGCUUGAUUGGUUUCACGUAAUGCUGAAAUUGUAGGAUUAUUCACUGGAAUAAUGCUAUAAGUCCUUGAACCUUUUAUUUCUCUGUUAAUCCAGCUACACAUAUGAGCCAACGAUAAUGUGUCUUUUUAUUGGUGAGGACAUAAGUAAAAGAAUAUAUGUUCCCUACUGGGUUUGGAGUCAUUUCACUUGACUUCCACCUCGGAUAGGUCACAUAAGAACAAGAUGCACCAUCAACCUCAGAUGAGCUAAAUAAUGUGGCCAACGACUGUUCCAUGGGUAGUAAUCUGAUGACUCAGCCAACGAGAAGUAUCCAUCAUAGGUUAAGUGCAAGACGUCUCAACGAGAGAAGAAAAAGGUGCAACUGCUGGUGAGAGGCUGGACUUGAUACAUAAGGAUGAGGUGAGUUGAGAUAAUGGCAGAGGAGGUUGCGGAUUUUAAACAAUGAAAGAAAUUAGUAAGCACAGAAGUGCUAAAAUGUGAUAUGACGAGAAAUGCAAGCGUACAAGCUUCAAGAUUAUGCAAUGGUAGCCUUUAUAUUCUGAAGUUUUACUGAAGGACAACAAACUUGGUAACCCAGGGGGAGACCUUCAUGUUGAAUCAGGUGCAACUGAAAGUGUGAAGAAACUUGUACUUUUGCCUUAGUUGUGAAGAGCUUCUCAAUUCGUAAUAUCCCAAGAGAAUACAUUAUGGAGUGACAUCAGUGAGACUUAAUAAGCUUUUCUGGUUUGAAUCUGAAUAUAGAUAUUUCCAUUUUACUCUUGAUUUGAAUGAGAUUCAGGUCUGGGCCUAACUUUGAAUUGUUUGAUGUAGCAUAACUGCAAUUAAAUGAAGAUAAAUAACAAAAUUCAUAAAAAAUGAGAAUUUUUUGAAAUCAGGUUAUGAUUAGUCUAACAAAAUCUCACAGCCUUUUUUAUGCGUAAAACAAACUCUCCAUUAAAGCUAAAUCUAGCAGGGUAUAGGAUCAAUAUAUUCAUAAGCUCUCUUUGCAUUUACCAAAUCACGUUUUUCUCUUCAAAUUAUUUUGCUUGGGAUAAAGUAACUGUCUUUCUCCAUCAUUGAUUUCCUAGAUUCUCAUCUAUUCGAUUGCUAAUAAGCCAUAACCUUGCUUUUCUCGUGAACUUUAGUUUUGUAAAGGUUAGUUUGUUUUAUGCUUAUUUUAUUUUUCUGAAUAUAAUUUUAUAUGCAUGUAUUCAGUUUAGGUUUCUUUUCACCUUUAUUUUUUAUCUGUAAAAGUUUCAAAUGAUGUCUUUCUUAUGGGUUGUAAAAAUCAUGUGGCAUUUUUCAUUGAAUUUCUUGAGAAAAUGUGGUGAUCUGUAAACCAAAAAUUAGGUAUGGAUCCUAUUGCGAAACGAUUUAUGUGGGAGGUUAUUUCGCGCCUAUCGACUCGACGUGGAAAGACUGCUGUGAUUCUCACAACACACAGUAUGGCUGAGGCCCAAGCACUGUGUACUCGGAUUGGAAUAAUGGUACUCACUGCAGCUACUUUGACCAUACAAGGUUUAAACUUAAUCACCUCCUAACGUAAAUAUGUGUGCUGACUGCUAAUUGUAACAGGUUGCAGGUCAGCUCAGAUGCAUUGGAAGUCCUCAGCAUUUGAAAACACGCUUUGGAAACCAUCUUGAGCUUGAGGUGCGUCAAUAAGUUAUUAAUCUUGCUUUCCUGAAUUAUAUAUCAUACCUUUUUUUUUGCAAUCAGGUCAAGCCCACUGAAGUGAACUCCACAGAAUUAGACGAACUGUGUAAAAGAAUCCAAGAAGUACUCUCUGAUUUUCCCUGUCAUUCGCGUGGCAUACUUGGUGAUCUUGAAAUCUGCAUAGGUGGAAGUGACACCAUUUCUUCAGAAAAUGUGUCUGAAAUCAGUUUAACUCGAGAAAUGAUAAGCGUGAUUGCUCGACACCUUGGACAUGAAGAAAGUAUUCGAAUACUAGUGUCUUCUGAGCCCACCACAUCAACUGAACCAUCUCUAAGUGGAACUCUUGGCGAACAGCUGUCUGAGCAGCUUCUUCGGGACGGUAUUACCAAACUUUUCUGUCCUCUGACCAUUGAAUUUUCCGCAAGCUAUGCCAUUUUAAUGAUGAAUCACCUUUCUUUGAGUCUGUAGCUCUAUUAGCUUCAAAACGAAGUUGUGUUAGAUAUUAUCUGGUGAAGUGCCAAUUUGAAGUGUUCUAGUCUCUUAACCUGGAUAUUACUGAAAUUUGAUUGAAUAACAAAAAAUUAGCUUAGACAAGUGUAAAGUUUACGUGCCCUCAAAACGACCACCGAGUAGAAUAUGAUUUACCACGCCUGGGCAAUGCACAUUCUCAUUGUAUUAUGAGGCAUAGCUCCUUCCCCAUUUUAUUUUGUUCAAAUAGACUGCCCUAUCUCUUACAAAAACUGCAACAAUUUCCAGAAUCAUGUGGCCUCAUUUAUGUUUUAAAAAAUCAAUCAUCGAAAAUUGAAGGAAAUAGUUCAAAUUGGAGGAACUCACUUUAUAGAUGAUUUUUCUAGACUAGGAUAUGUUUCCCAAACCUGUCCAGUUGCCUUUAUCUCAACUCACGGAAUCCCGAGGAAAAGAAGAAUAUGGUUCCACUGAGCUGUGAAUUCCUGACUAUUGCCAGGGAAUAGGUUCAUGUCCGAAGCUUUUUACCCUUACAAUAUUUUUCUACUGGAGCCUCCCUCAUUCCUUUUAUCGGAAGUAUAAGCAUGUCUGCUUUAGACUCUUUUUUUCGGAGUUUGAAAUAUGAUAUGCUUGUCUACAAAGCGGUAACGAUGGACAAACUGUCAUGUAGAUCACUUGACGUCGAACAUCCAAAGGUUUUUUAUAUCAGUUUAUCCUACAUUCACAGACGACUGUGCAUGUGUACACUCCUUUGCAUGUAUAUGUAUGUGUCAGUCUUUCAAAUCUCCAAUACAAUAUCUGUAAAAUAUCUGUGUUGAGAACCGUCCAGAAGAACUUGAACAUGAAAGACAACGAAUUAUUUUCCUGCUCUUUUAAAAGAAUGAAAAUCAAGUGUUGAAAAUAAUGGAUAGUGGAACAUUAAUCAACAGAUUACUGAAGAAAACAUCCUUUAAAAAUGUUCACGUGUCGUUCAACUUUGUAUGCUAGAUGUUGUAUCCUUCUGUAUGCCAUUUCUUUUUCCUUGCUGUUUAAUGGAAAUGUAUGCAGACCGUUCGUAGCCUUGUCAAUGGCCUUUACAGAAGCUUGUCCAUUUUUCAAAACAGCAAUCUUCUAGUUGCCUCGGGUAGCAUCAUCUAGGAAAACGUUCUGCUUUUUAACUUGAGAAAAUUAUGUUUGGGCAACAUUUAAUAUUGAUUUCUGCUUCCUGUUAGGUGGUAUACCUUUGAGAAUAUUUUCUGAAUGGUGGCUGGCUACAGAAAAGUUUUUCUCGAUCGACAAAUUCAUUCUAACUUCAUUCCACGGGGCAACAUUUCAUGGGUGCAAUGGAUUGAGUACUAAAUAUCAGGUAAAUUUUUCUAAUUUCCGCAAUUAUGAACUCCAAUUUCGUUUAUUUCUAUUGUGGCUGAGAUAGUGCACGUUGAUAAUUUCAUAUUCUAAAUCUGUAGUUUUAUGAUCAUUUCUCUUCUUUAGAAAUAUUUUUUUUAUUUUCCCUUUGUUCAUAGAUUAAUAUAUGAAGUCGACUGCAAACGAGUAAAGCUGACACCUUUGACUAAAUCUUAUUCCAAAUUAUGGCCUAGUUAUUGCACUUCUCUCUUGUUUGUUGUUACAGAUACAGUGAAUAGGGAGAACUAAGAAUCUAUGGAGAUAGUCACCUCUCAAAAGGGAAAGAAAGAAACAUUAAAAACUAUGGAGACAUAAGAAUCUAAAAGAUGGGUAGAAGGAAACAGUAAAAAUUAUGGAGACACUGCUAACAACCGCCCCAAAUCAAACUCACGGGGAUCAUGCUUCAGAUCAAUGCCCCCAGAAGCGAGGAGUAUGGACCCACUUUAGACUGGGUUCAUGAUUUGGCAAAGGUGCUUAGUUAUGGAAAUUGAAGGAAGGGACGGAGUAAUAAUCAACCUCCAUAGAUGUAUAGCACAACGCUGAUGCCACACCAUGUCACUACCUUGCCACUCCGUGCCAUCAUCAUGCCAUGCCACAGCGGAGUCAAAGGUUUAUGGAACGCACCCUCUAGACCUCUUAUGUUGACAGAGUCGCCUGCCUGAGCCAAACAUGCAUGCUUCACCGACCCUAUAUUUCUGUCCACUCCAUACACGAACCUCCAAUGCUCUCACGUCCCAUGCGACGCACCUCCUGCACACUUCAUGCUCUUCCAUGCAUGCCGUGCUGUUGCUGCGUUAUGCCGAUGGGCCUCCAUCAUAUGUGCCCGCACUGCCUAUUUCCUCCAUGUGAGGGGCUUCACACCCAUAUUAGGGAUAGAGACGCUGCUUGAGUGAGUCAGUUAUUGGUUUUUUGGCUGGGGCUUACAGACUUUUUGACCAAAACUAUGGUAGAUUUGCUAUUCUGAGUGUAGAGGGUACGUAAGUGAGUCGCAGUAACUGUACGGAGUCAUAGAUUCCUGUCUUGGAUAUUGUAAAAAAUGUAGCCGGCGUUUCUUAUUUUGGGAGACUAAUGAACAACUUGAAAAAAUAAUGAUGAUCUAUGUUUAGACGAAAAUGCGCGACUUUCCUCUGCCCCCUUCAUCAGCAAAUACGUGAUCCUAGAGUUUCUUCCAUGACUGUUUAAGCUCACUAUACUAAUGUAUUUCUGGUAUCAUAUAAAGAUGAACUUUUAGGGUUGGUUUCUCAGUCAGUAACACCAUCGAUCUGAUUUCUUUGUGUCAGUUGCCAUAUGGAGAAAGUUCAUCUUUGGCCGACAUAUUUGGACACACUGAGCACCACAGGUAUGAAUAUAGUGUUUCCUACACAUUUUAUUGGUGAUCUUCAUCUGAGUGUCCUUGCCUGUUCUUCCCACUGUCUAGGAGGAGACUUGGUAUAGCAGAAUACAGCGUCAGUCAGUCAACACUGGAGACUAUUUUUAACCAUUUUGCAGCCUCUCAGUGA